GCCUCAUCCUCCUUUGUGUAUCUUCAACCUCUCCUCCCGCUCAUGUCCCAUCUCCUCCGAUGCGGCGAGCAGUCAUCCAGAACCUGCGCACCUUUCGCCGGCCGACUCCGCGAAAAGGUGUGAAAGCGCUGCGCAUCAACACUCCUCACAAUGUCGCCUUCCAACGCUCGAUAGCGUCCAAGAACACGCAAGCGAAUCCCUCGUCCAUGCGCUGGCCUCGACGACUGUCGAUGCCCGCUGCUGUUGGUGUCGCGGCUGCAGCAUCAUAUUACGCAUACCAACGGACUGGGCAACCCGCGUUUCCCGCAUCAGACGCCUCUGCUCAAGUUCAAAGCCGCGGACACGCCACCGCCGCUGCCACCGCCUAUUCGGAAUUCACGACUUCGCCGAUAGGGGUGCAUAGUUCGGAUGUACCAGAAGCAGUCCGCAAAGCAUUGAUCGUUGAGCAAGGGCAACUCUUCACCGCGCAAAUACCCGCGGGCCAGCCAAUCAGCAAGGAGACGGACAGCUCUGGGCGCAAAGUUCUCGAGAUGCUCACUCCGGAGCAAGCGACUGCCCGGCUGCGGACUAACGAAGAGAGCUACCUGGUAGGAAGAGGAGAAGGAGUCGUGCGAUACGACGUAGUCCAGAUACCCAGCAACAAUCCCAUCGAAGAUGACCACGUUGAGAAGAUUGUGGAAGUGCCAAAUACCACCGCUGCGGCGACAGACGGCAAGACGAAGGCCGAUUGGAUGUUCUGGGGUGUGUUUGAUGGACACGCAGGAUGGACGACCUCGGCAAAGCUGCGGGAGACCUUAGUGUCAUACGUGGCACGUGAAUUGAACGUGACGUAUAAAACGGCGCUCUCGGACCCUAAGCUGACCUUCCCAUCGGCCGCGGCUGUUGAUGCCGCCAUCAAGAAGGGGUUCGUCACGCUUGAUGAUGAGAUUACCCACGGUUCGGUGCAGAAAGUUCUCAAGGCACAGUCCAAGACUGUUGCGGCAGAGGUGCUCGCGCCAGCUCUAUCAGGGUCCUGCGCCUUACUCAGCUUCUACGACAGCAGAUCGCAGGAACUGCGAGUUGCUUGCACAGGUGACAGCAGGGCAGUGCUCGGCCGAAGAGGACGAAGCGGAAAGUGGACAGCUACGGCGCUGUCGGUCGAUCAAACUGGAGGCACUCCUUCCGAGGAUGCACGCCUACGUCGAGAACAUCCUGACGAGCCAUAUGUCACCCUGAACGGACGGAUCCUGGGCGGUCUCGAGCCUAGCCGAGCUUUUGGCGAUGCUGUGUACAAGUGGUCCAAAGAGACGCAAGACAAGCUCAAGAACUCCUACUUCGGCCGCUCGCCAUCAAAGUUCCUCAAGACUCCGCCAUACGUGACAGCCGAGCCUAUCAUCACCACCACGAAGAUCGAGCCGGCAAAUGGAGACUUUGUGGUCAUGGCGACUGAUGGCUUGUGGGAGAUGCUCACAAACGAAGAAGUCAUUGGCCUCGUGGGCCAAUGGCUCGAGAAGCAAUCUUCGAACCAGAAGCUUGCUGGCAAACAAGGCAACAGCUGGCUCGGCUCCUGGUUCAGCAGUGCCCAGAAAUCCGCUCUUCCCGUCGAACACCACUCAGAAGGCAGCGCAGGAGGCCAACGCGCUCCCAUCCGCCAACAGCAGUGGGGUGUGCCCACGGGGCAGGAAGAGCGUUUCGUGUAUGAGGACGAGAACGCGGCGACGCAUCUCGUUCGCAAUGCACUAGGCGGCAAAGACUCAGACAUGGUAUCUGCUUUGCUCACGCUGCCUUCGCCGUACUCUCGCCGCUAUCGCGACGAUCUGACGGUGCAGGUCAUCUUUUUCGGCGAGGCGCAGGGGAACGGAAAGGUGGAGCUGAAUAAAGAGGCCAGUGCUACUGCUAACGGAUCAAAUGGUGGCAAUGGCGUGAAGGCGAAGUUGUAGAGUGGAGAGCGGGCUUGUUGCUCACAUAGCGCUGGCGUUCUGGGGCUUGCUAGAUGGUGAGGUGGUUGAUCUAACGGUCUCAUCCUAGAAUCUGCAUGAUAUUGAAUCCCAUAUCACGAUGUUCUUUCGCUCAAUUUCUUCAUCGUGAUGUACAUGUAUUUUGUAAAGCGCGGCGGCAGUCGUAAUAGCUGC